AUGAAGGCCAUGAAGAACAGCCUCCGGAAAUUGGGGAAGAGGCACAGACGGGGAAAGGCGGAGGUUCCGAGGGACCCCCCGCGACUACACACGUCAACCCCAUCGGAGGCUGGCAUACCAACGCCGCCCUUUGGCGAAGAACAGACAAAAAAGAAGGAGGAGGGCCAGGAGCAGAGUAGCGUCCAACUCGAGCAAGACAAGCGUGAGAGGGAAACACCGAAUGAAAAACGCGCGGAAGAUGGGCAGGAGAAACUGCAAGAGGACGAUCCCGAGAAGCAGGGCGGAGGGGGACGUGAAGACAAAGCGGAGGAGGAAGGGAACGGACAGGUAAAACGUCCUGGGGAGGAGGGCGAGGAAGAGGGCCCAAAGGCCGAGAACGGGGGCUGCCGUGAGCGUGAGGAGGAAGCGACAGAGGAGGAAGGAGAAGGGCGGGAGGAACACCCAGAGGAAGAUGCCAAAGACGGCUCGGAGCCCCAGAAGGAUGAGAGAAGGGAACACAAAGACUCAACGGAGGAUGUCGCAAUGGAACCGCUGGACGAGCGUUCACCUGAGGAGAAACAAAAUGAUGGAAUGAGUGUCGAGGAUUACUCCAGUCCGACCAACGAGCGUUCACCUGACGAGAAACAAACGGAAGGAACAAGGGUCGAGGAUGCCACCAGCCCGACAACCGAGCGUUCACCUGAGGGGAAACAAACGGAUGGGACAAGGGUCGAGGAUGCCACCAGCCCGACCAACGAGGAGGAAACAAGGACGAAGAGGCUGGACAGCAUAGCCAAGAGUCCUGCCGAGGCCCCACUGCUUCAAGACUGGUUCAUACAACGUGAGCCGGUAGUUGCUGCGAUAUGCGACCGUCUCGGAGUCAACGAUCGUGGCCGCAGCAGAGCCUCGGGGGAGCCGCCGGUGGUCGGCGUAGCGGGACCAAGCGGCGCCGGAAAGUCAACCAUUGCCUCGAUGAUCGUCGCUCGGCACGACGUGCGAGGGCAUUUCUCCCAGAAGGGAGUUGUUUGGCUCUCCGUUGGCCAGGGGGCGCGGGACCGCCUUCUGGACGUCAUGUACCGUCUUGCCGUCAUGGUGCACGAGCUCGCAGACUCGUCGUCGUCCCCCGACGACGGCCCGUUCAGACCACCUCGGACGCCGGACAUCGGAGUGGAACCCGAGGACGGGGCGGCGUACGUUCGUGAGAUCCUAGCGGCGGACGAGGGCGAACGGAGCAGUGGCGGUUUCGGGGAGUUGCUGGUGGUAGCCGAUGAUGUCUGGGAAGCUGAGGUUUUGGCGGAGCUGAGGAACACGGGGGCGUCGAUCCUCUACACCACUCGGUCCGAAGAGGAUCUGCUGGCGGCCAGCGGCGGUAGUUCCGUCCUACGAGUAGAUGAGGUCACGGAGGGGGAGGCCGAAGAAUUACUCCGCAGGGCAGCCGCCCUCCUCGACUAUUCCAAGCUUCCGGAUGCAGCUCAUGACAUCAUUCGACGGGGUGGAUCCGUGGCGAUGGACGUCGCCUACGUGGGGAGAUGGGACAUAGUCCGCGGCAAAAACGACCAGGCAGCGUGGGCGGCGGUGUUAGCCCACGUCAUCGACGCCCAGAACUUCAUGAAGGGAGCCGCGCUGCUGCCUUGGAGAUCAGCCGUGCUUCGGGUCGGGGUGACCAGGUUAGGGCUUGCUGACCAGGGCACCAAGGAGCUCUACCUGUCCUUGGGGGUCCUACCUCGCAACCUUUCCUUUUCGGUUGACGACGUCACCGCACUUGUGAGCGACGGCUCGGCUGAAGAACUUCAAGCGGCGACACUAGCCAUGGCAACCCUCGAACAGUGGUCCGUGUUGGUGAGAACAGAAGGGGGAAGGUACCGGGUACACCACUCGCACGCGGAUAUGGCCUGGCAGGGUAUAUCCGAAGACCCAGCUAUCUUGGGCCCAGCUCUAGCAAGGUGGCGGAACCGCGUAUCCACGGCAGAGGCAGUGUUAACUUGGCGUACCGAGGAGCUUGUGGACAUCUGGGAGACUAUAUGGAGCCUGGAAAUCGGCGAGGGGGCUGAAGAUAUUGGCCAACCCUACGCUGAAACUGUCGACGCUAUGGACCUCUCGGAUGCCGGCGCAUUUCAGCUUCUUCGUCGGAUUGCGUUCUUCCAGUGGCUGACAAAUGAACCCGAUGCGGCCUGCAUGUCCUGGUCGAAGUUGCUCGCCUCGGGCGAGGACUCCGCUGCGAACCAUCCGGACGUACACGUGACCAUGUAUACGCUCGGGGCGCACGCGUUGAUUUCAGGGCGGACACCCGAAGCCGAGGGUUGGUUCAGGCGAACAUUGGCCAUCGAAGAAAAAGUUCUCGAUUCUGACGACGCCGCCAUCGCAGAUACGCUUCAUCAGAUCGCGUUGUGCGCGUUUCGCGAGGGCAGGGUGAAAGAAGCGGAGUCGUUUCACUUGCGCGCCCUGGCCGUCAGAGAGAGCUUGAAAGGCCACGAGCAUCUGGACGUGGCCAGAACCUUACACUCGCUCGGCUUGUGCAUCUUGAAAAUGAAUACCAGAGCCAAGGAAGCCGAGGGAUAUUUCCGUAGAGCGCUGCGGAUCUUCUCGGAGAAGCUGGGAGCGACAGACACCAAGGCUUCUACCGCAAUGUACGACCUCGGACGCUGUCUUUCGUCGGCAGGGCAGACCAGAGAAGCUGAAGAGUACCUCCAGAGGGCCCUGUCCAUUCAGGGAAAUAGGCAGGGCCUCAAGAGCCCUGCAGUGGCGGACACGCUGUACGCACUGGGAGGAUGUAUGGCAGACGCGGGGCAGCCUGCGGUUGCGGGUGUCUUCUACAGGCGAGCGCUCGCUAUCCGAGAAGAGAGCCUGGGUGUGGAUGAUCCAUCAACCGUGCGAACCGUGCGCGCCCUCGCGCAGGUGCUGCUCGACACUGGGUACACCGAGGAAGCGCAAGACUUGUUCCAGAGAGCGCUCGUGAGCGUGGAGAACUCUCUCGGCAGCAACCACCGUGAGGUGGCCGUGCUGUUUCAUGGCCUUGGAGCGUGCGCUCUAGCCGAACAGAAGCCCGAGGAAGCCGAGCAGCAGUUUAAGAGGGCUCUGGCCAUCAGAGAGAGGUCUCUGGGGGCUGACCAGUCAAGCAUCGCGCAUACCCUGUACGACUUAGGAAGGUGUGCAUCGCAGGCCGGGCGGAUGCAACAAGCGGAGGAUUUCUACCGAAGAUCGCUCAUGAUUGAGGAAGCGAACCUAGGCGAACACCACGAGGAGGUGGCUACCGUGCUGUACUCCCUCUCUGUGUGCGUGGCGGAGCAGGGGGGGCGCAACAAGGAGGUGGAGGGUCUGCUUGAACGAGUCGUGGGGAUCAAGGAGAUAAACCGAAAGGCGAUGAAACCGACGGAACGCAACGACGUAGAGCUCGCAGACAUCCUCGGCGGGCUAGGGGCUGCCUCUUUCCGGGCAGGCCAUCUGGACGCUGCGGCUAAGCAUAUCCGUCAUGCUCUAGCGAUCUACGAGAAGGCGCUGGAUGCUCACCACCCCAAGAUAUCCUUCACACUAAACGCGCUGGGCAAGUGCCUGUUGAAGGCGGGUCGAGCGGAGGAGGCCGAAGUGUCUUUCCGGCGGGUGCUGGACAUGACCACCGCUGAAGGCGAGCACAAGGGGGGCGGAGACUCCGUCCACAACUGUAGCUAUCCACCCAUUGGCGACACUUUAGAUUUUCUGGGACAAUGCGCCAUGUUCGAAGGGCGUACGGAGGAAGCGCGUCGACUGUUUCACCGUGCGCUCAAGGGAAGGGAAGAUCACUUGGGCCCGGACCACCCCAGGGUUGCACUAACCCUGUACAGCAUCGGACGAUGUUUCUUCGACGAGGGCAACCUGGAAGAAGCCGAAAACCAUCUCAACUGCGCGUUGUCGAUACAGGAGAAAACGCUUGAUCCUGAACACCCAGCCAUAGCUGCCACCCAGGCCGGCCGCGAGUCCAUCAAGCGGAAGCAAGUCUACUUUCGUUAAAGCGAAAGCAAGUCUACUUUCGUUGGCGAUCGAAAUGAAGGUGUCCACCCGUAGGCAAUGACACAGCAGUCGUGUCGUCAACGUUCCCAUUUUUUUAGGGGGACAGCUUUACUUUGAAGAAGUCUGCUGGCCAUGUUCCUUGGUUGGCUGAUUCCUACCUUUUGGAGAGUAGUACGACAGUACUAUUUCGCGGGUGUGUGUUGAACUCACGCCAGGAGAGAGAGAGAGGUACGGGGGGGGGGUACUCAUGAAAAUGCAUGUCGUAGUCCUUAUAUCAUUUCUUUGAAUCUCUACACCACGGGAUGUGGGGAGGGGGUAAUGGAUAGAGAGACAGGGAUGAAAACAGGGGUGAAAGGGGAGACGGGCACGGCAGAGGGAGAGAGGCGGGGGGGGGUACGGUAAAUGUAACAAAACAAUUGACCACCCAAAGGCAUGCGUUAAAGUAUUUUCGACACCCUACUGUAGGUAGUUUGCUUAUUUUCUUGUUUUGGAUGCAUUUUCAGGGGAUGAGGGUACGGCAUGACCACCCGCACUCCCCCAA